AUGUCCACAGGCCUCGAGGUGGAGACCAGUUCCCUUUGCCCCGCAUGGAAAGACCAGCGGAUCUGGCUGAACCUGCCGAAGCUGGGCUUCCAGGCUAUGCAUAUGAAGGGCCUCUGGAGUGACGAGGAGGGCGCGUCGCUGAAGAACAAAUGGCUUCAGCACCUGAUGCUGGCCAGUCCGGCCGAGGAUACGGAGGGCGUCAGACUCCGGGCGGUGGAGGGCCUGCCUGGGGUGGACUUCCUCGACCCGGACAGCCUCUUCGGGCUCGUCGCGGAGUCCACGUACGUCUUCGCGCCAGUGAUCAAGGCCCUGGAGGGGAUGGGCUACACCAGGGGCGAGGACCUGGACGCCGCCAGCUACGACUUCCGCCUGGCGCCAGGGGUGCUGCAUGAGCGGGAGGGCUAUUUCGACCGGCUGAAGGGCCACAUCGAGAGAAUGGACCGCCAGAACACCGGCGUGGUCCUCGUCGCCCACUCGAUGGGUAAUAAGCCACGGGAGUAA